AAGUGAUCAACCAAUCAAACGGUGGGGCGGACGAAACGAAAUGAAAGUCCGCCACAUGUCCGCCAUAUCUACUACAUCUUCUUUCUAAUAGUGACGUUCAUAUUAUUUUGUGUUAGAUAGCGUUAUUGUGUAGAUAUUCGUUGUAUAAUUUAAUUAUUUUUUUAGUUUAUCAAAUACGCGACGGUGUAUCCAAUAUUUCGCAGACCCUCGACGGCGGAAAACACCAUGGAGUCCCCACGGAAAUUCAACGAUUGUUAUUUUUACUACUACUCCACAUGCACGAAGGGGGACAACUGUGUGUUUCGUCAUGAACCAUCAGCACUGGGCUGCGAGACAAUGUGCACAGCUUGGCAGCAGGGCAAGUGCCUUGAUAAACGUUGCAAAUUACGUCACAUGGAACUCAGGAAAAACCGCAAGCAGAUCCCAUGCUAUUGGGAGAACCAGCCUGGCGGAUGUCGUAAGAUGCACUGUCCGUUUAUGCACAAGAACCCGGACGCGCGCACCGACGGUAUCGCGCCUAGCCAGCCGGCGCCGCCUCCCCCCGUGAGACAACACAUACAUUACACGCCAUACACGCAGGUGCCGACGUCUGUGAACGUGCCGGAGCCCGUGUCGGCGGAGCAGCCCCCGAUGGGAGGUGUGGCGGCCCCCGUGCCCGCGCCUGCGCCCGUACCUCUGCUGUGGCAGCAACAGCGCCAAGUGGUGCUGGACUCGGCCAUCCUGGGCGUGCUGCCCGCGUCGAGCGAGCUGCUGAGCGGGCGGCGAGUGCUGCCCCCCCACGCCCACGAGCAGCCCGCCAACCCGUACGCGCCCAUGCCCGUCGACCCCCUCGUCGUCAACUUCGAAGAAGAGUCGGAUAAUGAAAGCGCACCCUCGUCCACGCCUACUAAAACCGUGUCGCCGGACGACGCGAACAAAGUCACUAACACUAAGACUCAGGAGUUACUGCUCCUCGAGAAGAUACAGGCGGAGGCGGCCGCGUACUACAGCUACGAGGGCCUGCCACCGCCCGACCCCAAGGAGCGCAAGAUAGUGCGCACCAACCUCGCCACCAAGUACGAGCGCGUUUCGCUCGACGAGAUCGCAGGUACCAAGCCACCCACGGAGCGCCGCGCCUCCCUCGACUUCAAGGUGCUCACGCUCGAAGAGAUCAGGGCACGCAAGAAAAACGAUACUAUCAUACACAGUAAACCCAUCACGCUCAACCUGAGUCGCAAGAGAAAGCUGUCGACACACGAAACGAUCACUACGUCAGGCAAUAAAAUACUCAAAGUCGUUAGAAGCAACUCAAUCGUGUACAAAAAACUCGAUCGGAACGCUCCUACAGUUUCAAAUCAGUCCAAAGUCGACCAAAAACAAAAUAAUGACGCUAACGAAAGAAAACGAACUUUGUCCGAACAGAGCGACAUCUAUGAAAUACAAGAGGAUGAGCUUGUGGAUAACUGUUUCGAAUUCAAAAGGAUAAAGAUUGAUGAACAAACUGCUAAACCUAAACUGAUUAGGAACAGAAUAUCUAGUGCAAAUAAAAGUACAGACGAACCGAAAUAUGAUGAUAUAGAUCUGAAUAAAACAGAUGAUUCGGAUUCAGAAGUACAAAUAGUAGGGGUUGAGUUAAGUGAAAUGAAUUCUGUAGAUUUAGAUAAGAUUGAUUCUGAUAGUGAGAUUAUAGAUGUAGAGACCACUAGGCUAGGUGAACCUGUAGAUGUAGUUGAUCUAAGUGAGGAUCAGGAUGACAGUGAGAUCACUGCCUCAGACUUGGACCUAGAUUUGAGUAGAAAUGCCGUCAUGCCAGACGUCGUAGCGAGCUGUCAUCAACAAAUUAGUAAUAAAAACGACACAAUAGAAACAAGCAUUUUAAAUGAUAUCGACAGCCUUUUGAACGAAGAAUUAUGAUUCUCACUCAUCUUAGUAUUUAGGUUUUACUUUAAGUUAAAAAACUCGUACAAAGUUUCGACUUAGGUUGUUAACAGCAAUAUUUUUAUUGCCAGAUUUUAAAAAGAUCUACAAUAAGUAGGUAGUUAUUUAUUUUAGAAUGUGACAAGCAAUAUUUGAGUGACUUAUCGAGUAGUUGUGCUAAAUAUACGUAUUUAGCGUUUGUUUAUGUUUAUAUUUUGCUGUAGUGUUAAAAGAAUUUAUUAAAAAUAAAAAAAUAUAGUGAAU